AUGGCCCCUGACCAGUAUGCAGGCUUCGCCCAACCCAUCGACCGCGCUCUGGGCCUUCGACGAGUUAACAGUCCAAGACAUGCACUCCUUGAACUCACGCACGUCGAGAACGCUCUGCCGGCCAUGAACGUCCUCGACGACCCCGUCAUCACCCUGCCGAUCCUCAUGGAGGCGUGGAUGCAGGGCUUCCUACAAAUGGCUAUCAUCACCCAGGCGGUAAUGUACUAUUACAACCCGCUGGGCGACAAAUUGAGCCAGAGGUCGUAUGUCGGGGCGCUGGUCGUCCUCGCUGCCACGCAAACCGGACUCGCGCUCUUCAAAGCCAUCCAUGUCAUCAUCCUCCGCCAGCCUUGGUCCGAAUGGCCCGGGUACUUUCUCGACGUGUUCCUCAAUGGGCUCAUAUGCAGUUUCUCCGAGGUGUGGUUGAUUCGCCGUUGCUGGAAGUCCACCAAGAAGAACAAGUGGGUCUUGCUCGGUCUUGGCUCAAUCGGACUAUCCACAUGCAUUGUCAAUAUAUAUCUCGGCAUCGACCUUGCAAUCAGUCGCGUAAGGGGUGGGGUGGUGUCCGACCCUUUGCGCAGUGACCGAUCGCCCGCUACCGUCUUUGCGUUUGAUUACUUCAUCUUUGCGUCUUUCGUGCUCGACGUGAGCAUGUCCGCCAUACUUGGAUGGAAUCUUUUCAGAGCCAGGGUUGGCGUCAAGUACUUGGACCAGACGCUCGUGCGAAUCAACCUCAUGAUCUGGGAGUCUGCGGUACUUCCUUGGCUAUCAAUGCUCGUCGCCGUUGGCUUGUACCAUGCUCGAGUGCAAAACCUACGCAACUUGGUUUUGCUCUUCCUCCUCUUGACCGGCAAGCUAUACAUACUCGGCAUCCUCCUCGCAUUGAACUCGCGCGAGUCCUAUCGUAAAGAUAUGGGCGAGAAUCAGCCACAUGGCCGGACGUCGCUCACGGGUUAUCAGUGGGACGAGGAGGCGACGCUCGGCGGUACCGCUCACAAUUCGCAAGAGCCAAAGCCUAAGGACGCUCGUGUUGAUAUUAGCAUUCAUGAAAUGCUCAGGUCGGGACCCGCAGAUUCGAUCUCGGUCAGAUCGUUUCUGCCGGAAAGCUCCGCUUCCUUGGCUCAGAAGCCUGCUUCUAUCGGUUCGAUCAAGCGCAAGCCUUUGCCCCCUACUCCCAAGGAAGACGAGGAUUUCGCACCGGUGAACAACUUUGGUUUCGCGCAUAUGGGCUCGCAAGACAUGGCGAUCGCGGAUGCGCUCCGUAUUGGGCCAGGUCCUGACGCAAAUGGUAGUCGUAAGGCGUCCACUCAGGUCGACCCACUUGACUGGCCUCUGUCUUCUUUCGUGCGUGACGGGCCAAGCCGCUCGGACCUUGACGCACCAGCGCCCGUCAUUGUCAAGCAGACCUCCGAGCCCCGCGGUUUCAUAGCUCUUCCUCCCGUUGAGCUCGGGGCUCGAUCAUUGUCCAUCGGCUCUAGCUCGUUUGAUAUGGAGCCAUGCACGAGCUGUACGUCAGCGGAGAUCGCAGAGUCCAGUACGUUAUACUCUAGGCGCGCGCGACGCGACGCGGUUUCGGGCGAAAGCAUCGGAGAGUUGCAUACUAGUAUGCCUACUUAA